AUGGCUAGCAAUUUCAUAUUUCCUAAAGGGUCGGUUUGUCUAAAAGCUUUGGCAAAAGCUUGGCCGCAUGUCAGGAGGGGUGCUCGGUGGGCCCUGGGAAAUGGAUUUCUCGCGCGAUUCUGGUUGGAUGUGUGGCUCAACGUGCCGAACCCCUUGAUUAACGUGGUUACUGGAAGUGUACCGGCGGAGCAGAUUCACGCCCCGGUGGCAGAGUACGUCACAGAGGCAGGUGAUUGGUGUUGGGCGAAGUUCGAGGAUCUAUUGCCUGCAACAACUCUACUGCUAAUUGCUGCUGUUAUGCCACCGAGACCCUCAGCGCGGCCCGACCGUUUGGUCUGGGGCUAUACGCCGAAUGGCACUUUUACGACGAAGUCGGCUUACGAAGCCUUGACGCGGAUGGCCAAGGAUCACGCCCGUCCACUGUGGCAAGCCAUUUGGAGGGCGCCGGUGGCCCAACGCGUGCGUCAGUUCUUGUGGCUGGCGAGCCGGGACCGCCUGUUCACCAACAUGGAACGGGUUAGGCGACACAUGGCUGGGGACGUGGCGUGCUACCUUUGUGGGCAGCCGGAGUCGACGUCCCACGUAUUAAGGGAUUGUCCUCAUGCGCGUCGCGUUUGGACUGGGAUCUGGGAGCGAGACAAGUGCUAG